AUGCAGCGAACCAAGAAUCGGGAAGCGAUGGCCUGGGACACUAGCGAGGAGCAGCAAGAAGAAGACCGGGUUAGCAUUGAGUACAACGGAAGAUAUUUUUCCAUUCCACGCUCGCAUUAUGAGCGACGACUAACGCCGGAGGAUUUCAAUCAAUCAGAUGAGCUGAUCCGAUUGAGGUCCGCAGGUGCCUCCGGAAGAAGUGCAAAGACAGUUUCGUACGCCGAUAAACAGGACGCCCAAGUCAAAGCUUCUGACACGCAGCGCUCUAAGACUUCCACUUCAAGACCACCCUUGGCGACGGAACCACUUCAAUGGAGAACCAGUUUGGACCAAAGUUUGAAUUUUUUGGAAAACCUAGAGGGAAACUUCCGCCAAUCAAUGAGUCAACCAUCGGCACCUUCAGAUCAAAAAUCUCCCCCUAAAAUAGUUGAAGAGAAUAAAGGCUCGAAUGUGGAGUCCAUCUUUACCCUAGAGAACAUGAUCGAAAGCAAACAGACCAUCAUUGAACAACCCAUUACCAAGAAAACAUCCCUCCCGAGUGCACCUGACGAACAACGCCUCAAAUCAUCCAGUACCCUCGGGGCACCGUCCGCUGAAAGUCUGGAAGCACGGAAGUCGAUGGAAGUGACCGAAAAACUGUUCCAACUCAAAUCUAAAGUCGUAAGCCUAAUCGAUCAAACCAUCAACCAAAUCGAAUCUGAACAGGAUUUCACCGGGGAGGGUCCAUCCAAGGCAAUUCCGUUACACCCGAGUGGAGAUGGCUCGAAGCUUGAUUAUCGCGCGCUUAAUCUUCAAGUUUUGAAAACGGAUUCUUUCGCCCGCAACAGAAAGGACAUCAGAACCAAGUUGUACAGGGAAAUCAAAACCGUGCUGAAGAGAUUGGAGGAUUUGGAAUCUUUGGGGUAGAUUGGGUUUUUAUUUUUUUAGAAGCU